AAGCAAAGCAGUAUUUUGACAGCUACCUGUUGCUGCAGACGCCACAAACCCCAAAAUCUCCCCAAAUUUUGGUGUUUUAACCAAUUUUUCGUUUGUUAAUCUUGUGCAUUUAAGUGCUUUCGCGUGUGUGAUGAUCUGGCGAGUGAAACUAAAGCAUGGAAGCGAGUGCAAUGACGCGAAAACAUGAGAAAAGGGAGACUGGAAGAAUUGUAAACAAUUGUCUUUUGGAGCUUCCGGACGAAUCUGGGGACAUCAGCCUGAGUGAGAUUACCAUUGAGAUUGAUGAUGAAGUGCAAACUCUGUAUGUUGGACCAGUGGAAAUCUUCCCCCAGGAUCAAGAGCGCACAGGAAAGUUGACAGGUGAGUUGUCCGGUUCCGGAACAAAAAGUCCGUGCCCGAGUGAGAAGCAGGAAUCAGACUCUACAAACGCCAGUGAUAGUGGUAUUGAGAACUGUGUGGAUGAAGUGACUGAAGUGAAAGAGACUCUUGAGGACAAUUGUGGGAAGAGUGAAGUGAAAAAGAGGCAGAAGAGGAAGAAAAAUAGGGAUAAAGUGAUUCCCGGACGGUCCAUUGUGACCCUUUACGCUUGUGAACAGUGUAGCACGGCAUUUUCGCGAGAGUCCAGUCUUAAUUCGCACCGGCAGCUCUUUCAUGGGCCCAGUGCUCUGACCAGAAGGCGAUCAAGGAAGGCUGUCGAAGCAGCAGAAGAAACUGAGGUUGUGAAGAAGCUCGAGUGUCCAGAGUGUGAUAUGACCUUCAAGAUGGAUGUCUGGUUCAAGAGACACCUGGCUAGAGCCCAUCAGAUUGACGAAGAGCAUCCGCAGGGGGCUAGAAAAGUCCCAGAUGGAGAUGGAAGAAGAAAGCCGGAAGAUUACGAAGUAUCUUCAACCAGAAUGCUUACGAUGAAAAUUAAAAAGCGUGGAGAUAAGGAAAAAAGUUCUCCGGAGGCCAAAUGCACAAAUCCAUCUCCCGGGAAGGAUAUUCUUGAGCUUCCACUGGAAGAAAACACUUCUUCAAGCUCAAAGGAAGCCUCCAACGAGGAAGAUGAUCAAAGGGAGGAGGAUAUUGAUUUGAAGCUGGAAUUCGAUGAGACUGACAUGUCAAGAUUUGUGGCAGCAGCUGAUGACGAUGAAGAUGAUACACCAUAUCUUGUAGAUGUAAUCGAUGAUGAUGAAGAGGAGCCUCAAGAGUCCCCUCAAAAAGACACAGAAAAUCCCCCAGAGGGAAGUCCUCAGGGUCGCCCCAAGAGAAAUCUCAAGCAACUUCUGGAGCUGAAAACUGUCACGGACAUCUCGGAGAGGACAAGAGCAGCCAAGAAGGCAAAAACUGUCACAGAGAUCUCAAUCAUUGAUCAAUUGUCCGGGAAUUCCACAAUCGUGACUCUGCCACUGAUGGAGGCGAAUGUAGAGAAGUUUCUCAGCAUGCCUAAGGCUGAUUCGAGUUCCGGGAAGGAAUCUGAUGAUGGCAAAAAGUAUCACUGCAAAAUCUGCGGUGCUGGCUUCUCCAGGAGAUAUUCCUUGGGGCCUCACAUGAUGAGAGUGCACACGAAGGAAAAAUCCAAAUCUUGCGCAAUUUGUGGGAGAUCUUUUACAGCCACGGGAGAUCUCACAAGACACAUUCGGACACACACCGGAGUGAAACCUUUCAAAUGCAGUCAUCCGGGUUGCACCUUCAGUUUUGUUUCUUCCGGAGAUCUCCACAAACACAGUCGACGUCAUAGGCAGGAUGUGGAGCCUAUUCCGAAGCCACAUGUCUGUAACGUCUGUCCAAGGGCCUUUGAUCGGUCGUAUGACCUCAAAAGGCACAUGGCACGCCAUCGAUUGGCCGAUCCUGCUUUCAAGGGCUUCGAGUGCGAGAUCUGCAAUCGGAAGUUCAGCCGGAAGGAUGAGUUUAAGUCACACAGCUACAGGCACCUCGGUUUGAAGCGUCACAAGUGCCCCGUGUGCGGAAAACCCUUCUCAGAUGCCAGCAAUUGUGCUAAGCAUGUUAAAGUUCAUGGGCCAUUGACUUUCGGGAAUCCUGGGAAUCCCCUCAACUGUCCCCUCUGCAAUUCAGGCUUCAAGAACAAGACAGCCGUUUCGAGACACUUGGCCACCUGUUCGAUGCGCCUGGGUGUUGUCCAGAGCGUUCCCCAGCCGGAACCCACUCAAAUGUCCGUGGUUUGAGCCUUUGCUGAACUUUGGUGUGAUUUUCUUUGGGAAUUUCGUUUUUUGAGGAAAAUUUGUGGAUUUUAUUUGACUUCUUCUCAAUACGAAUAUUGUAGUCCAAGUUUAAGAGAGAAUUAUUUAGUCAGUAGAGUGCAUUAUUAUACACGAUUAUAAAUAUUUUUCUAUGAAACUAUGUAUAACAGCAGAUGGAAAUUGUGAAAUUAUAUUAAAAUGAAGAAAAGGGAAGAAAA